CGCUGAAGUGUCAAAAACUUUGAGAUGGCCAAGUCAAAGAAUCACACAAACCACAACCAGAACAAGAAGGCCCAUCGCAAUGGCAUCAAGCGCCCCAUGCGUAAGCGCCACGAGUCCACCAUGGGCAUGGAUGUCAAGUUCCUGAUCAACCAGCGGUACGCCCGCAAGGGUAAUCUGUCGCGCGAGGAGUCCGUGAAGAAGUUCAACGAACGCAUCGCCGCACAGCAGGGCAAGCCCAAGCCCAUUACUUUGUAGAUUCCAGACAGCAUCCGAUCUUGGUUAGAAGAGAGCUCGUUGUUUAAUUAAAGGAAAUCAAUUUAACGUA